ACAAUCUUCAUUUUUUUCCCUCUCCACUCUGUAUUGCGGCUGCAGGCAACCCGGGAUCUUCGUCCUCCUCCUCGGCCGCUUCCUCCUGCUCGAUCUCCUCCUUCCCAUCCUGGUCUGCAACGAUGUCUGAAGGAUCUCGUGCCGCCGGUGACGGAGUCGGCGGUGGCGGAACUAUGGAGCAUCUGGUCUCGGGCGGCGACCGGGUCGACGGCAGCAGCGGCAGCAUGGAGCUGGGGUCUGGCAGCGCCACAGCGCCAGAUGCACGCGCUGCAGCAGAUCUGCAAGCUGGGCAAGGUGAUGGAAGUGCACCCAAUGAAGCCAGAAGGAGGGGCAAUGAAGGUAAUUACUUUAUGAGGUUCGAGCGCGCGCUGCUCGAGUACGGCCCCGACGACCCUGACCGCUGGGACCGCAUUGCCGCCGCCGUCGGCGAAGGAAAGACGGCUGGCGACUUGAAGCGAUUAUACGACGAGCUCAUCGAGGAUAUUCACAUCAUCGACGAGUCCAACCACAACCGCGUCGGCACCAACAGACUGCUCAUCAUAAUCCUGUUGGUGGUGCUGUUUUCGUUUCUCUGUCAGUUAGUUAUGUUGAAGUUGAGACCUGAAUAAACUUGGCAUGUAGCGUUACUCUAAGGUCUAAACGGACAGAAAAACUGCAUCUUGGGAUGACUCGAGUAAUAAUGCGUCAAUGGCGACAUAA